AGAGGUUCUAGACCGUUGAGAUUAAUGUUUGUUGAUUCAAUAUGUGACGGUUGAGUAAUGUUUUUCGAUCUCGUCCGACCCCUUCACUCUCUCCAUCUUCGUCCACAAUCUCAUCUAGUUAGCUUAGAAUAAAUUGGGUUGAAGUCAAAUACUUGUACUAUAUUUGUGUUGAAUGCAGCCUCCAAAGUCAAGUUGAAAGCGUCAUUGUCAGCACAGAAGUAAAAAAACGCUGCUGGGCCCUGCUACCCAUCAAGGUAUUUCCUACCGGCCGCCCAAACUGCCCAUGCCCCAUUUCUUUUCCAACCCACCAACGCCCUCCCACCUUCCUUCCCUUCCUCUUCUGCAAAUUUGGUUUUGGUUGAAACCUCUAACAAAGCAAUCAAACUCUAGUUUUGGAUACCAGAAUUCUUCUAUACAAACCCUCCAUCCCCAGAGGAGACUAGUUUUCAGCCGUCAUCGUCAUAUUCAGCUCCCGCAGUUUCUCAUAAACAACAAUAGCCUUUGUUCCUACUCGGAUCUUUCCAAACACGUUCGGGAGACUACGACGCUCACGACAAGCACGGAGACAACUUGAUACGGAGCGCAUCGGACGGAAGUAUCUCCCGACGGGGCGAAGGGAAACCACAUAAGUCGUUAUUCAUCAUGGCGGACCUCAUGCCCGCGGUGCCUACGGUGCAAGUAGAAUGCGGCACAGGAAACGACUAUGAUGGACGGUUAGGCCUCCGAAUAUCCUCAAUUUUUGUCAUUGGAGUUGGGUCCAUGUUAGGAGCAUUAUUACCCAUUGCAGCAGCACGAACCAAACGAAUGCACGUUCCCAAACUGGCAUUCUUUAUAACGAAACAUUUUGGUAGUGGAGUUAUCAUCACCACAGCAUUUAUUCACCUACUUUCUCCAGCAAACGAAGCAUUGAAUAACCCAUGUAAUACCGGACCUAUCACGGAUUAUGAUUGGGCAGCCGGAAUCGUUUUGAUGACCAUUUUCGUCAUGUUCUUCAUUGAGCUCAUGGCUGCUCGAUUCGAUGUUUUUGGGACCCAAGGGCAUUCACACGAUUUAGAAACCAAUGACCCAGCACGAGAUUUCAUCAGAAAGGAGAAAUCAGAAACAUCCGCCUCAAGCAAUGGGGUUCUAAAAACCAAACACAUGGGCCACAGUUCAGACGGCCACUCCACCCAUACGGCCGAAUCAUCACAACUCCAAACCAUCCCCUCCAAAACCACGGGGGUCCCAGGACGAGAAGACGAUUUCACAUACCCUCCAGGAGGAGACGAUCAUCUGGGCCACCAACGAGAUCAUGACCACGUGUCAGACCACGACCACUUCGCCGCCCAAAUGACCGGUCUCUUCAUCCUCGAAUUUGGAGUCAUCUUCCACUCCAUAUUCAUUGGUCUCACGCUUGCGGUAGCAGGCGAGGACUUUGUAGUUCUCUAUAUAGUCCUCUGCUUCCACCAAACAUUCGAAGGACUAGGUCUCGGCUCACGACUCGCAACGGCAGCCUGGCCUAAGAAAAAGUGGUGGAUGCCCUGGGCUUUGGGCGCAGCAUAUGGACUUACGACUCCGAUCGCCAUCGCGGCAGGUUUAGGCGUGAGGAGUUCGCUAGAACCCAACAGUCAGAGUACCCGGAUUAUUAAUGGUGUUUUUGACUCCAUCUCUGCUGGGAUCUUGAUUUACACGGGGUUGGUGGAGUUGAUGGCUCAUGAUUUCAUGUUUAGUCCUGAGAUGAGAAAAGCUAGUAUGAAGAUGUUGCUUUUGGCUUAUGGGUGUAUGUGUGUAGGCGCGGGACUUAUGGCGGCUUUGGGGAAAUGGGCGUAA